UUGUUUAUUAUUUCGAAGAAAUAAAAAUCGAAUUAUCGAUUGAAAUUAUCAUUUUAUUAUCUGUGACGUUUAUUAGCUAACUAAUUAAAAUAUAAUUUAAAUUGAUAGCACAAAUAGAUAGGUUAAUCAAUUUCAUAGGAGAAUAAUAGUCUAGUCAUUUAUUUUAAUUUCCACUUUAAUAAGAAUAGUCCAUUUCUCAUUGUAAAAGGUUGAGUGUAAUCUUUCACAAGGCCUCUUUGUGUUAAAUUAAAUCUUACAAAUGAUUUAAAGGACUGAGUACUUUAACAUCCGAGUCAAACAUACUCAUAAAGUUUAAUAAUAGUAAUAAUCAAAUUAUUAUAAAUGUAUGUAUGUAUAAGGUAAAAUCAAAAUUUCAGGAACAAGUGUAAUUACGAUUAACAGUUAGACUAUCUUUUUUUUUUUAUUCCGUAAUAGAGUAUUACAUUAUCUCUUCAUCAUAAUGGAUAGUAGCGUAAAAGCUAACGUAAAUGCGUUUAGAACCCGAUCGUUAUCUUUUACGCGAUCGAAAUAGUAUAUAAAAAAGAAAAAAGAAAACAAGGGCUAAAAAGAAGAAAAAAAAAAAAAAAAGAAAAAAUACCACAAUUUUGUAGUCAACGCAAAAAGAUCAUUUGGUCGUCGUCGUUCGUGUAGUAAAUUAUAUACGUAACAUCAUUUUUAUAUCAAACGUCGUCCACACCACCACCACCACCACCAUCACCAGCAUCGUUCGUUUCAUUUUUUGAUAAUCGUUCGUAAUAUUUACCAACAAUGAUUACAACUUUCCUAUUGUACAUCGAAUUAAUCUCUAUUAUCGGUUCUUUACCUUUAUUUAAAACGGAGCAACGGAAGAAUCAAAGUCCAAGUAACCAAUAAAUAAAUUAUUACGAAUGUCACAUGGGAGAAAGUAACGGGAUAACGUUUGCAGACUGCAAUGUGAAAUAAUUUUGCUGUGUUUAUAUUAUACAUGAAUAACAUUGGUCUAUGGGCAACCUUGUGACAAUAUGGACGAUAUGGAAAAAAAGAUCCUACGAUAUGUUUUUUUUGUUAUUUCAAACAUGAAGUUCUAGUUACUAGUUAAAAAUCGAAUCUACUCUGAUCUACUUAUAUAUCCUCUUUCUGGCAUAUACAUACAUAUUAUCUAUUACCUGUGAAUAAUAAUAAUAAUAAUAAUCUCCAAUUAUGACCAAUUUAUUAUUGCAUUCUCUACUUUUGAGUGUUGCGAGUAGCGUUAUGCCUGGUGGAAAUUCGAGCUACGAUAAGGCGAUCGAUACUACGUUGGAAAUCUUAAUACCCUGUAUGGUAAAAAACAGCAAUAAUAAAGUUCUAUUAGCCGGCGAGUAUUCGGAUUUUUUAACGAGUCGUCGACAUUUUUUCGGUGUUACCCCAGUAGCUCUGGUAGGGGAGUCGAAAAAUUCGAUGUUCGAUUUAUUGACCUUGACACAUCAAUCUUUCAUUAUUUACAAAAAAACAUUUCAAGAAUUCGUACGUUUUCUUAACAAGUUACGAUUCUUCGUCGUUAUUAGUUCAUCCCAACCGAUUCUUAAAUUGACGUUAAAAAGGAUAAAGGAUACUACAUGGGCUAAUAACAAUGGAUGUUAUAUCAUGAUAGAUAAAAGAACUGAUAAACGUGGUUGCGUUAACGCCUAUUCGUAUCUUUGGACAGCUUGGCAAUUCGAUCUUUUACGUUCGAUUUUUAUUUGUGUCGAUCCUAACGAAGGUGUUUUACUUUAUUCUUACGAUCCUUACACGGCACAAGUGGCAUGGGAUUGGAUCGAAGCUGGACGAUUUUCUGGACGUAAUGGACACCCUUGGCUUUUACUUAAAAAAAAAUAUGACAAAGAAUCGACAACUUGUCAAUUUAAAAAAAUCAAGAAAACCUCGGCUCUUUAUGGCUACGAAGUUAAACUGUGUGGAAUAUACGCACCACCGCAUUUAAUCAUAAAUGAUAAUAUUACAGGACUAGAUCAAUUUGAUGGAGACCAUCCUAUGAUAAUUAAAACAAUUUUACAUAAACUUAACGCUACUAUUAAUAUUACCAUCAAACCAAUGCUGUUUGGUGGAAUCAAUAAGUAUGGAAGAAUGACCGGUUUAUUGGGUGAAAUUGCCAGUGGUAGUUACGAUAUGGCAGUGAAUUCAAGAAGUUUCACCAUGAUGUGGCAUCUUAGUUACACAUACCCAUACGAUGAAUCGAGUAUUUGUGCAAUGUCUCAAUCAAGUAAAGAAAUUUCCGAGCUAAGAAAAUUAAUGGCCUUUUUAACAACACCCUUUAUGAUAAUCUCGAUGAUAUUAUGCGUGAUAACCUUGCUGAUAAUUAUGAAAUUCGAUGGAUUCUUUGAAGCCUGUUUAAACAUAGAACGUUUGGUAGUUUGCGUUGCUAUGCUACGUUUGCCUAAUAUCAAUUCUUAUAGAAUUUAUAUUUGCAUGAUAUUUUUACUCUCGUUAACAGCCAAUGCUGUUUUUCAAAGCCAUUGGUAUUCUUUAUUGACUAUGCCACAGUUUUAUGCAAACAUUGACACCUACAAUGAUCUUAAGGAUUCUGGAAAUGAUAUUUAUGGGACAAUAAGUUUUAAAGAUAUGAUCGGUGAAGAAUUGGAAUCUCGUUACCACGAAACGUCUUACGAGGAUUGUACAAACAUUGUUAAAAAUUCUAGCAACGUUGUAUGCGUUUCCUAUUGUAACGACAUACUGCAGAGAACGUUAAAAGAGAAAGACUUACACACUUCGAAAUAUAAGAUAAGAGAAUUCGUAUCGACCUUUAUUGCCAGAGAAAAUUGGCCGAUCUUCGAAACGUUCAGCAAGAAUUUGCAAAAGUUAGUAGAAUCUGGUCUAGUUUCUUUGUGGAAGAAUAAAGCUACAGCACAUUUGAACCGAGAAAUGCAAUUGAGAGUUUUGAACAUGACCGGAUUUAAAGUCCUCAAAUUUCAACACCUCGACUUUAGUUUUUAUAUACUUAUAAUAGGAAAUUCAUGCGCCAUAAUGGUUUUCGCCAUGGAGUUGAUAAUUCAUCGACAUCGCGUUAAAAUAAAAAGGAUAAUUAAAAAGAAAUUAAAUCGUGCUAAUCGUUUGAAAUAAAUGAAUUAAAAUAUUAUCUGGCGUUCUAUCAGCUGGUUCUUUUUCUGUUUUUUUUUUUAUUUAUGACGUUCUAUAAA